AUGACUGUGGCGACGAUCACCUCUGCUCCCUCCCUCCCAACCUCGAACACAGAUGUGGUCACAUCCACCUUCUCCUUUGUGGACUAUGUGGUGUUUGUCCUGCUGCUGGUUCUGUCCCUUGCCAUUGGGCUUUAUCACGCCUGUCGAGGCUGGGGCCAGCAUACCAUUGGCCAGCUGCUGCUGGCGGACCGCAAGAUGGGCUGCUUUCCUGUGGCAUUGUCCCUGCUGGCCACCUUCCAGUCAGCUGUGGCUCUCCUGGGUGUACCAUCUGAAAUCUAUCGAUUUGGCACCCAAUAUUGGUUCCUGGGCUGCUCCUAUUUUCUGGGGCUCCUGAUCCCUGCCCAUAUCUUCAUCCCUGUCUUCUACCGUCUGCAUCUUACCAGUGCUUAUGAGUACCUGGAGCUCCGAUUCAAUAAAGCAGUGCGGGUUUGUGGAACCUUGACCUUCAUCUUUCAGAUGGUGAUCUACAUGGGGGUUGUGCUGUAUGCACCAUCAUUGGCCCUCAAUGCAGUGACUGGCUUUGAUCUAUGGCUGUCAGUGCUGACCCUAGGCCUGGUCUGUGCUGUCUAUACUGCUCUGGGUGGGCUGAAGGCUGUCAUCUGGACAGAUGUGUUCCAGACGCUGGUCAUGUUCCUAGGGCAGCUGGCAGUUAUCAUCGUGGGCGCUGCUAAAGUGGGCGGCUUAGCACGUGUGUGGGAGGUGGCUUCCCAACAUGGCUACAUCUCUGGGAUUGAGCUGGAUCCAGACCCUUUUGUAAGGCACACUUUCUGGACCUUGGCCUUCGGGGGUGUCUUCAUGAUGCUCUCCUUAUACGGGGUGAACCAGGCCCAGGUGCAGCGCUACCUCAGCGCCCGCACCGAGAAAGCUGCUGUGCUCUCCUGCUAUGCCGUGUUCCCCUGCCAGCAGGUGGCCCUCUGCAUGGGCUGCCUCAUUGGCCUGGUCAUGUUCGUCUAUUACAAGGAGAAUCCCAUGAGCAGCCAGCAGAUACAAGCAGCCCCUGAUCAGUUCGUCCUGUACUUUGUGAUGGAUCUCCUGAAGGACCUGCCGGGCCUGCCUGGGCUCUUUGUUGCCUGCCUCUUCAGCGGCUCCCUCAGCACCAUAUCUUCAGCUUUUAAUUCCUUGGCAACUGUUACAAUGGAAGAUCUGAUUCGACCCUGGUUCCCUGGGUUCUCUGAAGUCCAAGCUACCAGGCUUUCCAAAAUCAUCGCAUUUGGUUAUGGACUGCUUUGUCUGGGAAUGGCCUAUGUUUCCUCCCAGAUGGGACCUGUGCUUCAGGCAGCAAUCAGCAUCUUUGGCAUGGUUGGCGGGCCGCUGCUUGGACUCUUCUGCCUUGGGAUGUUCUUUCCUUGUGCCAACCCCGCUGGAGCCAUAGUGGGCCUGUUGUCUGGACUCAUCAUGGCCUUCUGGAUUGGCAUUGGGAGCCUAGUGACCAACAUAAGCUCUGGUGUGGCAUCCUCUCCCCCUAACGUGUCCAGCUUCUCCCUGCCCAGCAAUCUGACUGCGGUCACCAUGACCACACUGAUGCCCUUGACCACCCUCUCCACGCCCACAGGGCUGCAGCGGUUCUAUUCCCUGUCCUACUUGUGGUACAGCGCCCACAACUCCACCACAGUCAUCGUGGUGGGCCUGGCUGUCAGUCUGCUCACUGGGGGCAUGCGGGGCCGCACACUGAACCCUCGGACCAUUUACCCCGUGGUGCCAAAGCUCCUUGCUCUCCUGCCUUCAUGCUGCCAGAACCGACUGCCCUGCAGAAGCUAUAGCCAGGACCUACCCAUGGACACCACUGUGCUUCCAGAGAAGAUGGAUAAUGGUAUACUGUGGGACAGCAGAGACAAGCAGGUCCAGGAAGGCUCAGUCCACCAAGGCAACAGCCCCACCUUUGUCCUCCAAGAGACCUCACUGUGA